UAAAGAUAUGCGGCGUUCAAUUUAAUAAGAGAAAAAUAACCUCAAACAACGUAUACAAAGUAGUUUUAUAUUAUUGUGAAAAACUGAUUCAUUUUGGCAGAAAAAAUGGUAAAAGUGAACGAAGAGGCGAAUUCGAAACGUCGUAAGAAGACCACAAGUGAAACAACAAAACCUGAAGAAGAUAUUUAUCGGGUAAAACUGAAAACCAUACCAUUAUCAUAUACAGAGCAAGUUGUAACGUAUGAAAAAAAUGAAGCUUUAAAUCGAUCAGCAGAUAAAGAUGCGAAUUUGUACUGUCGAACAUGUGAAAACAUUCGAGAAAUUUUAUCCGAAAUAGAAGAGUUGAAAAAUUUACCUGAUGGUGAAGAUAAAACAAAUCAAAUUGCAGAAAAACGUAUUCAAGUAUCCUUACAAUUUGUACUGUUGAAAAAAUUAAAUAGAUACGAAAAAAUUCGUACAAAAGCUAGCAGAGAUGCUUUACAUAAAGAGAAACAACGCGUCGACAGUACACAAUUACAUUUGCAUAAUUUGCUUUAUGAAUUGGAAUAUUUGAAAAAAGAAAUUUCAAAAUGUCUUCAAUUCAAGUCUAAAGAUGAAGAAAUCGAACUCGUACCGGAAGAAGAUUUCUAUAAAGAAGCACCAGAGAGUAUAUCUCGCCCGUCUGUAACGAAAAAAGACGAACAUCAAUUACGAUUAGCACGAUUAGAAUGGGAGCUAAGACAAAGAAAACAAUUGUCAGAAUCGUGUCACAAACUUGAAGUUGGAAAAACUCAAGCAGCUACAGAAAUAGUUAACAAACAAGAGCGUCUCGAUGGCCUUGCACCACGUCUCAAUCAAAUAUUAGAAGUUACGAAACCAUUAAAAGAUUAUUUUGGUAUAUCAUCGGACAAAAUACAAGAGCAAAAUAAUCUGGCAUAUUUAUUACCAGAUCCUCUGUUCUUAUUGUAUUUUCAGGUCGAUGCAUAUCAGAAAGUAUAUGAUAAAACAGUAUCAGUGUGUAUUAAAGGCGAUGAAGAUGAUGCUCGUCAAUUAAAAAGUGAAACACCUGAUGAGGCUUCUGAUUCAGAUUCGGAUCCUGAGCUAGAAGAAAGUAAUGGUCGUAAUAAACGUCGUCAUCGUAAAGCUUCCCGAUCUGAUCGUCAUGAGGAAAAACGUAAAAAAUUAUUAGCGAAACAUCCAUUGAGUGUUGAAAUAGUCUUUCAAAGUUCAAUCAAAGCUCACAAUUCCGAUGAUUUAAUUAAACUUCAAAUCACAUUUUAUUGGUUAACACAUUUACAUAUUGUUACGACUAAAUGUGAAAUUAUUCCAGGAGUAGCUGGAGGAGUUACAUCCGGGGAUGUUUUAUCCAAAAAUACAAUUCUUACAGAAUUGUUUGAAUCAGACACGGGUGAAGACAGCCCAAAUAUUGCAAAUCAUUAUCAAUUACGUCAAGUGGGUCUUGGUACAUUCCCAACUUUAAUUGAUGAGCUCGGUAUUCCAUAUAAUUGGACACAAAAAAUAUGUGGAUUAGAUUUCUUGUCAGCACGCGAGGGUACUCUUCCAACGGCGAAUAAAGAAUUAAGUCAAUCAAGUGUUGAAGUUGUGCUGAAAGUUAUACAGAAUAGAUUCAAAGCACGAUUAGCUUUAUCGAAACAGAUACAAGCUUUUGAGCAAUGUAAUUUAUCUAGUCUAGCUGAAAUAUCUCAUGCAUACGAAUAUCCAGAUAAUGUACAAUCGAAAUUAGAAUUAUGGAAACGUAUUAAUUGGACUGAUUUUAUCAAAAUUCCAGCAUCAAAACCAUUCGUAGAAAAUCAAAUUUUUUCAUCUAAUGAUAUGAUUUACAAACUUAUUGCUUCGCGAAAUUCAACCAAACUUAUUGCCUAUGUUUCCAUAAAACAUAAUUAUCCAGAACAAAAACCAAUAUUUUGUGUAUCUGUUCAUUGGAACGAAGAAUGGAAUACUGGAAAUUGUGAAGCUAUUCGGGACAUGGAAAAAGUUGUAAAUGUUGAGUGGCCUGAGAAAACUCCAAAAAAAUUAAGUCCAAAAGAAACUUUUAUUUUAGGUGCUCAAAUUCAUCGAUUAUUAGCCUGUUUUGAUAUUUUCUUAGAGACGUUACCAACAAAUGAUUUUCCUCAACAUAAAAUAUUUUUCAAACCGAUUCGGGGAAGAAAUCGUAGUCGUCCAUAUAAAUAUCUAAAAGUAGGAGGUGGAAUUUUUACUCAAUAAGAUUUUAGAAUUCUGUAUUUAGAAUUUUAGUUUUAAUAAAAAAUAAUACAAUAUAAA